AUGGCGGGAAUUGAUGGAGAGCAGGCGGUUCUCGCCCUGUCCUCCAGCGAGAUCGCCGACGUCGUUGCCGGACCCUUAGCUCACGCCCGGCAUUUCUGCGGCGACGCGGAGGGUUGGGGCCCCAUCAGCUCUAUCAGAUACGGCCUUACUCCUUGCUUUCUAGACGUCUUCAUCUGCUUCGUGGCCGUGUUUGGGCUGGUUGGCUCUGCCGGAGCUCUGUGGCUGCUCUUGAGACAUAGAACAGCUGAGAACAUCCCACGGAACUGGCACUUUUACGCAAAAUUGUCAUUAAUAUGGGCUCUUGUUAUCGUUGUUGGACUCCAGGCGUCUCUACAGAUCGAAAACCUUCCGCAUGUCUGGGCCAGUGACUUUAGAUUCUGGACCACCAUCCUUCUCCUUCUCUCCCUCGUCUGUAUAUAUGCCGUUCAGUAUCACGAACAUUGGAGAAGUCGUCAGCCAAACGGUGUGGUGCUCUUUUACUGGCUCUUCUUCCUUAUUGCGCACGGCGUCAAGCUUCAGUCGCUGGUGUCACGCCAGUACUAUCGAGAUCACUUGCCGUACUUUAUCACCUUCAACGUUGGCCUGGGUAUCGCCCUCCUCGAGUUCAUCCUCGAAUACUUCGUCAAGAAGAAGCAGAGCGUCUACCAUGCAUUGGGCGAUGAGGAUGAAUGUCCCUUCGAAUAUGCCGAUAUCUUCUCCGUCCUGACUUUCUCAUGGAUGACACCUCUGAUGAAACAAGGUUACAAGACCUUUCUCACCCAAGAUGACAUGUGGAACCUGCGAGAGCGAGAUACCACGCGUGUAACGGGUGAAAAACUGCAAAGCGUAUGGGAAGACGAACUUAGGAAGAAGAAACCCUCUCUUUGGAUGGCCCUGUUCCGAGCAUUCAGCGCUCCCUAUUUCCGUGGUGCGCUGAUCAAAUGUUUGAGUGAUAUCCUAGCAUUUGUCCAGCCACAGCUCCUCCGUAUGCUCAUCAGCUUCGUUGAUUCUUACAAAACCAAUAACCCGCAGCCUGCUAUCCGCGGAGUCGCCAUUGCACUGGCUAUGUUCAUCGUUUCUGUUGUCCAGACUACGUGUCUGCACCAGUAUUUCCAGCGGGCAUUUGAGACUGGUAUGCGUGUCAAAUCUUCUUUGACUGCAAUGAUUUAUACCAAGGCUUUGAGACUAUCAAAUGAGGGCCGUGCUACCAAGUCAACUGGAGACAUUGUCAACCACAUGGCCGUAGACCAGCAACGACUGUCUGACUUAGCUCAAUUUGGCACACAGCUGUGGUCAGCUCCAUUCCAGAUAACCCUGUGCAUGAUCUCCCUCUACGACCUGAUCGGAUGGAGUAUGUGGGCCGGAAUUGCAGCCAUGGUGCUCAUGAUUCCGCUCAAUGGUUUCAUUGCCAACGUCAUGAAGACAUUGCAGGUCAAACAGAUGAAGAACAAGGACCAGCGUACGAGACUAAUGACUGAAAUCUUGAACAACAUGAAGAGUAUUAAGCUCUACGCCUGGAACACCGCCUUCAUGAGCAAGUUGAACCAUGUCCGAAAUGACCUGGAACUCAACACUCUGCGCAAAAUUGGAGCUACUCAAGCAAUUGCUAACUUCACCUGGUCAUCCACACCUUUCUUGGUUUCAUGCUCCACCUUCGCCGUCUUUGUAUGGAUCACGGACAAGCCUCUCACCACCGAUAUCGUCUUCCCAGCAUUGACUCUCUUCAACUUGCUCACCUUCCCGCUCGCUAUCUUGCCGAUGGUCAUCACUUCUAUUAUCGAAUCCUCUGUUGCCAUCACACGUUUGACCGCAUAUUUAACCUCCGAAGAAUUGCAAGAAAACGCUGUCCAAUACCAAGAUGCUGUUACUCACACUGGAGAUGAGGCAGUAUCCAUUCGGGAUGCUACAUUCACCUGGAACAAGUAUGAGAGUGGAAAUGAACUAGAGAAUCUCAACUUCAGUGCCCGGAAGGGUGAGUUGAGCUGCAUUGUCGGCCGUGUUGGUGCUGGAAAGUCGUCUCUCCUUCAGACUCUACUCGGUGACUUGUACAAGGUCAGUGGAGAAGUCGUGGUCAAGGGCCGCAUUGCCUAUGUUGCUCAACAGGCAUGGAUCAUGAACGCUAGUGUUAGGGACAACAUCGUCUUUGGGCAUAGAUGGGAUCCCCAUUUCUAUGAACUGACAGUAGCUGCUUGCGCCUUAUUAGAUGACUUCAAGACUCUGCCUGACGGCGACCAGACUGAAGUUGGAGAACGUGGAAUUUCCUUGUCCGGCGGUCAAAAAGCACGGCUUAGCUUGGCCAGAGCUGUUUAUGCUCGUGCUGACGUUUAUCUUCUUGAUGACUGCCUCUCUGCCGUCGAUCAGCAUGUCGGAAGACAUCUUAUCAACCGUGUCUUGGGCAAGAAUGGAAUCCUAUCUACCAAGACCAGAAUUCUUGCGACCAAUGCCAUUACCGUGCUAAAGGAGGCCGACUUCAUUGCCUUGCUUCGAAAUCGCACCAUCAUCGAGAAGGGAACAUACGAGCAGCUUCUAGCAAUGAAAGGAGAAGUUGCAAACUUGAUCCGCACAGCUAUCACCGAGGAUGACUCCGGAUCCAGCGGAAGCAGCAAAGACGACGGUUUAGGCGGCUCAGAAUCUUCCUCCACAAUGAUUGAUAUUGAGGAUGAUAGCCCUAUCGCCUCAGACACCGAAGAAGCUCAAGAGCGCUUCGCGCCCCUUGCUCCUAUUCGAAGUGCUGGUGGAGUAAAGCCACGCCGCGAAAGUACCACCACACUUCGCCGCGCAAGUACCGUUAGCCGACCAAACUUCAGAGGGAAGAUCACUGAUGAAGAAGAGGUUCUCAAAUCCAAGCAGACCAAAGAAGGCAUGGAGCAAGGAAAGGUGAAGUGGAGCGUGUAUGGGGAGUAUGCUCGGACGAGCAACCUCUACGCUGUGUCUGCUUAUCUGAUUAUUCUUGUUAUGGCACACGGUACACAGGUAGCUGGUAACUUCUGGCUGAAGCAAUGGUCAGAAUUAAACGAGAAAGAGGGUGUCAAUGCUGAAAUUGGGAAAUAUCUUGGAAUUUACUUUGCUUUUGGAAUCGGUUCUUCUGCACUUGUCAUUUUGCAGACUUUGAUCCUUUGGAUUCUUUGCUCCAUUGAGGCAUCACGAAAACUGCAUGAGCGGAUGGCGUUUGCUAUCUUUAGAUCUCCUAUGAGUUUCUUCGAAACCACUCCUGCCGGACGUAUUCUUAAUCGCUUUUCCAGUGAUAUGUAUCGUGUAGACGAGAUGCUUGCGCGAACGUUCAAUAUGCUGUUUUCCAAUUCCGCCCGCGCUAUAUUUACUGUUGUAGUUAUCGGCAUCUCUACACCUUGGUUCCUUGUUCUUGUCUUCCCACUUGGCUAUGUUUAUCUGAGAUACCAGAAGUACUAUCUGAGAACAUCGCGAGAACUCAAGCGUCUUGACAGUGUCAGCAAGAGUCCCAUCUUUGCGCACUUCCAAGAGAGUCUUGGUGGAAUAUCCACUAUCAGAGCAUUCAGACAACAAAAGCGAUUUGCUCAGGAAAAUGAAUGGCGAAUGGAUGCCAAUAUCAGAGCGUACUUCCCGUCGAUUAGUGCCAAUAGAUGGCUUGCAGUGCGACUGGAAUUCCUCGGAUCUGUCAUUAUCCUUGCAGCUGCCAUUUUCGCAAUCAUAUCUGUGACCACACACACUGGUAUUACCGCUGGUAUGGUCGGUCUUGCGAUGUCGUAUGCGCUAAUGAUUACCCAAUCUCUCAACUGGAUUGUGCGACAGACGGUAGAGGUGGAGACGAAUAUUGUUUCUGUUGAGCGUGUGCUCGAAUAUGCAAAUCUCCCAAGUGAAGCCCCAGAUGUUAUAUUCAAAAAUCGACCCACCUUAGGCUGGCCCUCGCAGGGCGCUGUGACAUUCAACAACUACAGCACGAGAUACCGUCCCGGAUUGGAUCUUGUACUGAAGGGAAUUAACCUUAACAUCAAGCCGCAUGAGAAGAUUGGAGUUGUGGGAAGAACCGGAGCAGGCAAAAGUUCGUUGACGCUGUCUUUGUUCCGUAUUAUCGAGGCAGCCGAAGGCCAAAUCAGUAUCGACGGAUUGGAUAUCAGCAAGAUUGGCUUGCAGGACCUGCGUGGUCGUCUUGCGAUUAUCCCACAGGACGCAGCUUUGUUCGAAGGGACGGUUCGAGAUAACCUUGACCCCCGUCAUGUACACGACGACACCGAACUAUGGAGCGUUCUUGCUUACCCGGACAACUGGAUGCCCAGAUACAUGAAGCAGGGACAACGACAACUCGUCUCGAUGGCUAGAGCACUAUUGACUCCAAGCAACAUUUUGGUGCUUGAUGAAGCAACCGCCGCUGUUGAUGUUGAAACCGAUGCCCUCUUGCAACAGAUGUUGCGCAGUAGUAUCUUCGAGAACCGCACGAUCAUAACGAUCGCUCACCGUAUCAACACCAUUCUAGACAGCGAUCGGAUUGUUGUGCUUGAUCGCGGCACUGUAGCUGAGUUCGACACUCCUGCCGAACUCAUUCGACGUGGAGGGCAAUUCUACACUCUCGUCAAGGAGGCAGGGUUGCUUGAAACCGGCACUUCUUCCCCGGCAGCCCUGGAUAAAUAA